AUGGUGACGAUUUGUUUCUCCCUCGCCUGCCCUUCUACGACGCCACGAAAGCGCCAGGUGCGUUUUUCAGCGCGGCAUGACAUCAUCCUUCUGCGGGAGGUCAUCGCCCAGAACCCCUUUGCGUCCAAAGAACCAGGACGAAUCUGGGCCCGCGUGGGCGAGAUUAUCACCGCGGCCCUCCAAGAGGAAAACUUUGAGGUGGAUGCCAGGAGGUGCAGAGAGAGGACCAUGCUGCUGCUAGACUACUACAAGAAACAAGACUUCCCCAGUCUGCGCAGGUUUGGAACAGAGAGGUUGUACGCUCAGAAGGAGGAUCUGCUCCAUGAGGUUUUGGAGCUGGAGGCUGAGAAAGGGCUCCUGGUCAGCGGGGAGAGCACCAAGUACCAGGAUGAUGAGCGGAGAAAUCGAGCCAUAGAAGAACUAACUCUUCCCGAACCGGACAAACCCAACAUCACGAUCACACACACGUCCGCUGCAGAACAAGAAGACGACCGCGAAGAAACGGCAGAGCUUUCAGCAGCUCCCACAGCCAAGCGGCCCUGCCAGUGUUGCUGCCAGACCUACUCCGAGAUUCUCAGCUUUCUGGAGAAACGCUCAGAGGCAGAGCAACGGCUUCGAGAGGAGGAGCUCGCCCUGCGCCGAGAGGAACUAGAGAUUCAGAGAAGCAAGAUCGCUCUGGAGAGAGAACGUCUGGGAGCUGAGAGGAAGGAGAGGGAGCGAAGAUUUGAGCUCGAGAGUCAAGAGAGGCAGGUCAUCUUGGAUCUAUUAAAAGAAAAGGUGCUGAAAGGCUGACAAAGACAAACUGGAUCACCUGGAUUUUAAUGCCAUCUUUCACAAAGUGUAUGUGUGGGUUGGGAAGGGCAUAGCUGACCGCUAAAAAAAAGAGGAAGGAAAACAGCAAAACUGGAAGUGAGGAGAUCAAAGAGAGGAACAGUGAGUUGAUAUUUAAUAUGGAUGGCCUAAAUGCAGAAUGACCAAUUGCCUUUAUCUAUUUUAUAAAUAAUACAUAAUACAAAUAAGCAAUUUUUGUGAGCGUUAACCCACACAAGUACAUACAUUUGCUUAAAAAAGUAUUCACACCCCUUCACUUAAAAAAAAAAAACAUUUUGUGAUGCUUUAGAUUUAAUUAAAAAAUAUAGACUGAUUAAAAAUUGGCAUUUGUUUCCAAUUAAUUUACACCCAAUAUUCCAUAUUAACAAUUUGGAAAUUCUUGCUAAUUUACAAAACAUUAGAAAUGGAAAUCUCUCAUUUGCAAAAGUUUUCAGACUCUUUUUUUUGUAGCCAAGGACGUGACCAAGAAUAGACUCGAAUAGACUCCCACUCUGAGUAAAAGACAAAUGGCAGCCUGUCUGGAGUUUGUCAAAUGGCUUUUACACGACUUUCAGAGCUCAAGAAAAAAAGAUUCUCUAAUUUAAUGAAGCCAAAAUUAAACUCUUUGGGCAGGACUCCAAGCACGGCAGUAUAUCUGGCAAACACUUGGCCGAUCCCAUGCCUACGGUGAAGCACAGAGGUGGCAGCAUCAUACAAUGGGGUUGCUUCUCAGGGACAGGGAGGUUUGUCAGAACUGAAGGGAGAAUGAAUUCAAUCAGAAGAGAUUUUGAAGAAACCUGAGCCAGAAUGUAGUGACCUAAGAGUGGGGUUAUAAUUCACCUUUCAGCAUGACAGUGACUCAAAGGAGACAGUUAAGGUAACGCUGACGUGACUUAUGGACCACUCUCUGACUGUUCUUGAUUGGCCCAACCAAAGCCCAGACUGAAGGCCUACAGAAUAUCAAUAGAGGCCUGAAGGUUGUUGUUUACAAAUGCUUCCCAUUCAAUCUGAUUAUGCUUUGGAGGAUGUGCUAGAAAGAAUGGAAUAAACUGCCCAAUUCUAGGUGAGCUACGUCUGUAGAAACCUCCUCAAGAAGACCUGACAUUGUGGUUGCUGCCCAAUAAGAGGUUUCUGUUUGUGAUUUUUAAUAAAUUUGCAAAACUUUUACUUUGGCAUUUUCCAAUACUGAGUAUAAAAGAGAAAAACUUCCAAAGUUAUUGAUUUAAAGUCAACUCUGCAGCACAAUAAAGUGCAGAACAACUUAGGGGGUUUGAAUACCUUUUGAAGCGACUGUAGACCUGACAGAACCGAUGACAGCAUCGAGAUUUGCCAAAACUUACUGCUCAGACCCAGUUCACAUACGUGUUAAUAGACCCUCCCUGUGUUUUAUUCCUCAUGACACGGUCUGCAUAAAGAUCCUAAAGCACUGCAAUUACUUGAGUGUCUUUUAAGAAAUGGAAUGUAGAAGUGGGUGCGGUGCAGCCUCUUAGGUGUGGUGACCCACUGAGCCAAAACUGUCAGACGGGAUCACGGUGUGCCAAGACGGCAUGUUGCACAAAGUCGAUAAAUGCCUUUCCUCGUGUUGUGUGACACUAACAGCAGCAUGAGUCCCGAUUACAGCAUAAAGAACACGAUUCCCUGUAGUGUCAGAUUGAUAAAAAAAUUAAAAAACUGAAGAACAAGAAAGGAAUAUAUUUAAGCAAUGAAGUCAUAGUGCAGCUCAAGCUUUUGCAAACUGUGUAGCAUAUGCCAUAUUACCACUUUACACGUCGUAUUCAGCCACUUUCUAUUUGAAGACAUUUUAAUUAAAUAGAAAUUAACCUAUAUUUUACUGAGUCGGUUGCUAUAUUUUGACUGGUAAGCACUUUUUUACUGCAGAAAUCCUCACUAACAAGCCAUGAACUCCAUAUUCUGUAAAGAUUACAAAGACUGUUGACAAUUUUCUGACAAUAAACUAUGAUGUGAUAAAGUCAUAAUGACGAGUGAUAAUAUCACAUUAUCUAUGUGCUAGAUUUCUUUCGCUGUAAGUGAUUAGCCAAACAUCUACAGUUUACGUUGCUCAACCAAGGUACAGUUCACGGUCACAGAAUGUUGCAUAGAUGUGGAGAACAUGACAGAAGCACUUGAUUUUAUACAUUCAGCUGAUUUAUAGGUUGUUUAUUUUUUUUAUUGGUCAUAGGUGAUUAAAUGUUCUGGCUCUUAUUACAUGACAUACCUUAUGUACAUUAUUCUUAAAGAAUGCUUCAAAUUAAAUUGUGAUUACAGUAAGUCCCCACAACAUGGCCUACACUGUAUAAAAUGAAAGCUCGUAAAGAGUGUUUGUUAACCUACAAACUGUUUUGAUUUUUGUUCUGCCAAUAAAACACAUAGUAAGCAAA